AUGAUUGCAUUAUUAAAUUGUGCUCUAAUUAUUUCUUCUAUAGUGUCUGCUAUGCCCCAGCACCCAUCUCCACCACCAGGAGGUUCAGGAGAACCUAUGCCUCCUAAUGGACAGAAUUCUGGAACAAGCGAAGAAGGAAAAUACGAAGGUGGUGGACGUCACCGACCUUGUCAAGGAACUGGAACAAAUGGACAGGCACAACCUAUUCCUCCUGGAUAA